GCAGCAGGCUGGAUUUCAGUUGCACUGUAAAGCUCUACCUGAUUAUUCUUCCUUUCACUACGUCGCAAGAGGGCAAGAGGUAAAGAGGGUCUAGAAAUUAGAGCGGUUCAAGACUAUUUCUACUUGUUGUGGUGGCUCGAGGAACAUGGAGCAACGAGAAGAAUGAUAAGUCGGAUGCCUCCUGGGUGGAUUUAAUUUAUUGCCAACAAGUCAUCAUUUGACUCCAGUAAGACAAAAGUUGGGAUCAUGGAUAUCGGUGGUUUGGAGACAGUGGUGGCCAAUUCGGCUUACGUGUCGGCCCGAGGAAGUGUUGACGGUGCAGCAGCUGCCUCUCUACGCGACAAGAAGAUGCGGGCCAAGCUGAAACUCCCACACAUCAGAGAUUGUGAGCACAUGAAAGCAUCAGCAGGCGCCGCCUUUGACAGCAUGUGUGUCAAACAGCCCAUCGGCAAGCGACUGUUUCAACAGUUUCUAGAGAGCGACGCCACCCACAAGACCGCUGGGGAGCUGUGGAAAGACAUCGAAGACUAUGUCAUAUGCCAAGAAAAGGACAGAGCUCAGAAGGCCCAAAAGAUAGUCAAUAAAUACUAUGAGUCGGCAUCAAAUACUUUCUGCAGCUUCUUAGAAGAGAAGGCUGUCUUGCGAGUAAAGGAGGACUGCAAGAAUGUGCACGGCGACUUGUUUAAAGAAAGCGAGAAACAGGUCCUCCAACACCUGGAGAAGAAGGCCUUGGACGGCUUCAAGCAGAGCAUGUACUUCAUGCGUUUUGUUCAAUUCAAGUGUUUGGAGAGCCAGCCCGUUGACGAGGAGUGGUUCAUGGACUUCAGGGUCCUCGGCAAGGGGGGUUUCGGGGAAGUGUUUGCUUGUCAGGCUAAAGCGACAGGGAAAAUGUACGCCAAUAAAAAGCUGGAUAAAAAGAGGCUGAAGAAACGCAAGGGCUAUGAGGGUGCAAUCGUGGAGAAGCGCAUCCUUGCAAAAGUCCACACUCGCUUCAUCGUGACGCUGGCCUACGCUUUCCAGACCAAGACUGACCUCUGUCUAGUUAUGACCAUCAUGAAUGGUGGGGAUCUCAGGUUUCAUAUGUACAACGUGGAUGAAAAAAACCCGGGUUUCAAUGAGAAGAGAGCGUGUUUUUACACAGCUCAGGUAAUCUGUGGGCUGGAACACCUUCACCAGCACAGGAUUAUCUACAGAGACCUGAAGCCAGAAAAUGUACUGCUGGAUGAUGCAGGACAUGUCCGCCUGUCCGAUUUAGGCUUGGCUGUUGAACUUCCACCAGGAAAAGACACUACUACUGGCUAUGCAGGAACUCCAGGUUUCAUGGCUCCAGAGCUGCUCCAGAAGAAAGAAUAUGACUACACUGUAGAUUAUUUCACUCUGGGGGUUACUUUGUUUGAGAUGAUUGCAGCCAAAGGACCCUUCAGAGUACGAGGAGAGAAGGUCGAAAAUGACGAGGUGGCUCGCAGAAUCUUGAAUGACCCGGCUCCGUACACGCCCAACUUUAGCAAAGAGUGUAAAGAUAUUUGUGAAGGCUUGAUGGAAAAGGAUCCGGGGAAACGCCUCGGGUUCAAGAACAACGAGUGCGCCGAACUCAAGAAGUGCCCCUUCUUUAAAGACAUCAACUGGGGCCGUCUGGAAGCUGGUAUGCUGCCGCCUCCAUUUGUCCCUGAUCCCAAGGCGGUCUACGCCAAAGAUAUCGACGACGUGGGCGCCUUCAGCACGAUCAAAGGCGUGGUCAUGGAUAACAAGGACACAGAGUUCUUUACCGACUUCGCCUCGGGCAACGUUCCAAUCCCAUGGCAGGAGGAGAUGAUCGAGACAGGCGUGUUCGGAGAGCUCAAUAUAUGGGCUGAGAACGGAAAGCUGCCGAAUGACCUUGACCCAAACUAUGUGGAAGCCAAAAGUGGAGGCUGUGUGCUCCUGUAAAUGUAUGGGGGAGAACCAAAUAAACAUUAUUCAGAUUAGAAAGACUUAACUAAUUAAAAGGGCCAUGAAUCUUAAAUGAAUUAAUAUGAAAAUCAAAAUAUGAAAAUUUAAUUUGGUAAUCGACACCCCCGCCAGGACCUCUUUCACACACACCCCACCAAGGAAAAACAAGGCCAGGACUUGAAUAGAAACAGGGCAGGAAGAGAUGAAACAGCUGAUCUCACAAUAUUUAUACUAAAGUGUUUAUUACAGAUGGCUUUCUUGUGUGUACACUAUCACAGAUAAAAAACCAAAGAACAAAUUGGUAUUUAUAACCAUUCAUUCAUCCAUCUUCUUCUGCUUAUCCGGGUUGCGGGGGCAGCAGCCUGAGCAGAGAAGCUCAGACUUCCGUCUCCCCAGCUACUCCGUCCAGCUCUUCCCGAGGGAUCCCAAGGCGUUCCCAGGCCAGCUGGGAGACGUAAUCUCUCCACUGUGUCCUGGGUCUUCCCCGUGGUGACCUACCGGUUGGACGUGCCCUAAAUACCUCCUUUCGGCUUAGCUCAUUUUUCACGACGACGGACCGAUACAGGAUCCGCAUCACUGCAGUCGCUGCACCGAUCCGCCUGUCAAUCUCACAAUCCACUCUUUCCUCACUUGUGAACAAGACCCCCAGGAUCUCCUCCCCAACCCGGAGAAGGCACUCCACCCUUUUCUAGGCAUUACUAUUUUUGUAAAAACAGAAUUGUUCACACAGCUUUUUAGAUCAAAUGUUACGUAUAUAGUGUAGUACUGUAUAGUUUAACUGCAAUGAUGGUGUACAUAUAUGUACAGUACUGUGUAUUGAUUUGUAAUAAUGUAUCACGUAACAUUAUGUACAAAAUACAUAUUAAGUGAAAUACAUUUAUGCAGCGCUUUUUUUCUCUAGAGACUCAAAGUGCUGAAACCAAUUAUUUAAAUUUUAAAGCUACAUUUAAACCAGUCUGGGUGGCUCUGGGAGCAAAGUGGUUAAAGUGUCUUGCCCAAGGCCACAACGGCAUCGAAAUUGACCUUGUAACCCUCAAGUUGCUGGCAUGGCCUCUAUCAAAUCUGAGCCACGCCGCCACCAUUUAUGAUUCUUAAGCAGAAACGACAGUAUUGGAUGCAUGUGUGCACUGAACUUUACAGAAUGUGUUUAAUAGCAUGAAUAUAAUUGUUUUG